AUGCAUGACGGUCGCAAGGAAGACCCUUUCACGUGGGAGUCGUCAGUGAGGCUCACUCUUGUGGGGAGAGAGGAAGAACUAGGGAUGUAUUUGGAAGAGAGGGAGGGUCGGAAGAGGAAGUGGCACCAGGGCGAAGCCGACGGGAAGACCAUGCGGCGGGAGGAGAGCGACGAAAAGGAGCCGAGGAAGAUGCCACCAAAGAAAGUUAUGGCAUCACUGGGCGAGAUGGGUGGCAGCGGUACCAGCUCGUCCUCAUCGCAUAUGUCGCCGGGAUGGCAGGUCAACGACCUAGACCUCGAUCUGCCCGGUGAACUGUCCAUGAAUGAGGCGCUGCUAUCGCUGCCCUCGCUGUCGGUGUUCAAGCAAGAGGCGCCAUCGCCGACGGGGGCCGUGCUGUCUCCGCCGCGCCGCGCUUGGCCCUGUACGCGACGCCUGGAUGAACGACAGAUAACCAGCAUGGUGGUGGACAGUGUGAAUCGCGACGGUGUGGAAGAUGGCUCGUGCCAACAGUCGCCGCCACACAACGCCGCAAUGAUGACACAGCAUUCUGGCAGCCCGGAGAUCCAGUGCCAAGCGGCCGUACCACCGGGCGCAUUAAUGCCGAUGAGCGGCUACCACUCGCCUGGCACUCAGGAGAACAAAACUGCAGGACUCUUGAUGUGCUCGCCUGUGAACUCGCUGGACGGUUUUCUGCACUCACCUGUACAGCAGCGCUCCGAGUCAAGCUUCAAAGACGACACAAGGUUCCAGUAUGUACUGGCUGCAGCAACGUCCAUCGCCACGAAACAGAACGAGGAGACUCUAACCUAUCUCAACCAAGGCCAACCUUACGAGAUCAAACUCAAGAAACUCGGUGAUCUCUCGCACUAUAAAGGCAAAAUAUUCAAGAGCGUGAUCAAGAUUUGUUUUCACGAGCGGCGAUUGCAGUACAUGGAGCGCGAGCAGAUCGCACAGUGGCACGCUGAACGGCCCGGCGAGAGAAUCGUUGAGGUGGACGUGCCUCUAUCGUACGGUGUGAUCAGAGUGGAACAUCCGGCAAGCCUAAACGCUCUCCAUGUGUUCUGGGAUCCGACCAAGGAUGUUGGUGUCUACAUCAAGGUGAACUGCAUCUCCACAGAGUUUACGGCUAAGAAGCAUGGCGGUGAGAAAGGCGUGCCUUUUCGCAUACAAGUUGAAACGUACCUCGCCAGUGAUGACCUUACCCGUCUUCACGCCGCUGCGUGUCAGAUCAAGGUGUUCAAGUUGAAAGGAGCAGACAGAAAGCAUAAACAAGACCGCGAGAAGGUGAUGCGAAGACCUCGUUCCGACCUCGAGAAAUACCAACCGGGAUGUGAGGCCACCGUGCUUACUACGCUGUCGAACGACGCUCUUAUGCCGCCGCCAUCACUGGUCACGACAUCACCGCCUUACUCACCGGAGCUUUGUGUGGCCCCAAAGACAGUUGCAAACCCAAUGGUGGUGAACAAACCUGUUUUGCCACAACCUGGCAUUCUUGCCUCCAACCAGAUGAAACCACUGUAUUGUUCAGAUGAAGGCGAUGUCAAAGUGACCAGUCCGCCAUGUCACUCGCCUGGUUCCAUCUUGCCAGAUCUGCCUCAAGCUGCUGAAGAUCCCGACAAGAACUGUGGACUGUCAAAGGAUGCGACAUCUUCGGAGACUCAGUCGUGGCUAUCGUUGAAUCGUUUCUCGCAACAUGCCGCCACCUUUGCCAACUUUUCGGGCGCUGACUUGCUCCGAUUAUCCCGUGAUGACAUUAUACAGAUCUGUGGCUUGGCCGACGGAAUACGCCUAUUUAAUGCUUUGCAUGCCAAACGUAUCGAGCCGCGCCUGACCGUGUACGUGUGUGCGGGCGGCGGCGUGUACAGUGCGCUCUACCUGCACAGCUGUCGCGCGCACGAGAUGCUGCACAAGCUCAGAGCGCUCCUCCACAACUCUGUGAACAAGUGCGCUCUACCUGCACAGCUGUCGCGUGCACGAGAUGCUGCACAAGCUCAGAGCGCUCCUCCACAACUCUGUGAACAAGGUCAUGUACUGUAUGACGUGUACAGUGCGCUCUACCUGCACAGCUGUCGCGCGCACGAGAUGCUGCACAAGCUCAGAGCGCUCCUCCACAACUCUGUGAACAAGGACUUUGAAACAGUAUUGGUAUUGGGGCCCAAUGGUGCAAGGGUUCGUUUGACAGACGACCUGGUUCGCCACAUGCCUGACAAUUCCACUUACCGGUUGGAACAGCUGGAGGACAACACUUUGUUACUGAGCGCAACCAGCAACUAG